UGGGGAGUGGAUGUGUUAAUCGUCUCCGCUCCCAGUUUCUCACCUGUAUAUACUGAAAUAGUCAAGUGUUACAAUUAUUUCGAAACAGUCCUUGUUGUAUUUUGAAUAUUCUAUACCGUAGAACAAAUAUUAAUUCCCAGAGUAGCAAGACAUGAAAAGAGCGAGGAUGGGAGACCUCGCUGCCUCUCCCAGCCGUCAGGCCGUGGCCAGUGUUUGGAUGGUGGUAGCGCUGCUGGUGGGCGUGUGGGUGGGACAUGUUGCGGGCGUGGACCCCCGCCCACUACGACAGAAACACCAACGUACUAUGCAUGUAGGCCACAAGCAUGGGGAGGCCCGGGCCGCUACUCAGAGGGACUUCGGAGAGUUGACGAAGCUUGGGCGUCGGUUCCUGAAGUGCUCCAGGCGGCGGUUGCUACCACCUGAGGCGCCCAGGCAGAAGACCUGCAACCGCCUUCGUGUGAGCAGCACCUCCCCAGGAGCCAGCCGCACCUCCACCGUGGGCGAGUGUGCAGGCACCUACACACUGGGACUCGAGGACGAGGUCAAGUUUAAGCUGCCAAGAUCCUCUACCUUCUGCCAGAUGGUCUUCUUGGCCAAACCAGGCACCUCCCUAUCCUUCAGUUGCCGCAAGUUCAGUACAGCCACCUGCGAAAAAGAGUAUCUCUUCCUCACCGACGGCAUCUCCAUAGCCACCACGUCUUGUGGACUAGAGCUCCCCACGCCGCUCUCAGGCCUCUCUCAGCUGUAUGUCCUCUACGAGCGGCGGAGGCGUAGGGCCAAAAAAUCGAAAAUUGUCUGCUUCAUCAGCGCUACAGGCAGUAACGACGGAGGCUCUGGAGGCGGUGGUGGCGGGGGUGGGGGCGGCGGCCUCAGCACUGCUCAGGGUCAACAAGCUACCAACUGUGCCUCAAUGUGUGGCGCUGCUCCUGCUGGUGCUGGGGCGACGCGUAUCGUGGGAGGCGGCGAGGCAGAGCCUGGAGAGUACCCGUGGAUGGCCAAGCUGAUAAUCAGGGACGAGGGACGGCCUAAGGAAUGUGGGGGAUCAAUCAUUACCUUCAGGCAUGUCCUCACAGCCGCCCACUGUCUCAACUUCAAGAAUGUACAGGUGACGGUGGUAGCCGGGGAACACAACGUCAAUAGCGACUUGGACGGAACAACUCAGGUGAUUAAAGUCCAGAACUUUGCUGUUCAUCCAGAGUUCGACCCCAAUACACUGACCAAUGACUUGGCGGUGCUGAUGCUUGAACGAGAUCUGACCUGGAAUGACCGUGUGGGUCCUGUAUGCCUCUCACCCUCUAAUAACUACGUGGGUCAGACAGCAGUUGUCAGCGGCUGGGGCACCCUCUCCCAUCUUGGGAGCCAGCCUAGCGUUCUUCAGGAAGUUGCUGUGGAGAUCACUGACCAUGACAAGUGCAUCUCUAACUACAAGGAGUCGUUCAUCACCAUUACUGGCACUCACGUAUGUGCUGCUUCUCCUGGUAAAGACGCGUGUCAGGGGGACUCUGGAGGCCCGCUGGUGAUGCUCAACGGAGGAAUCUGGUACCAAGUGGGAGUGGUGAGCUACGGCAUUGGGUGUGCUAAGGCCGAGUUCCCCGGCGUCUACACUCGCGUGUCUUCCUACGUCCCCUGGAUCGUCGAGCAGGCCACCUCCUCCUCCUGCUAGCCUCUUCCGUGCUGGCCCGGUGGAACCAUCCCAUGCUCCCAUGGUGCUCCCGUGCCUUCUGAUCCGCCCUUCUGUCAGUCUUUGUGGUCCUUGUGAGGCUCUGAUCACCCGUCUUCUUCCUGCGCUUCCUGGGGAUAGCCCUGCGUUUCCUGCGGCAUUCUUGCGUAUCCUGAGAUAGUCCUGCGUAUCCUAGAGGUAGCCCCCCUCGCGUCCCGGGGGUAGACCUGCGUAUCUUGGUGGUAAGCCUGUACUGAUUGUUGCCCUGAAGACCAGUGGUAUACGAAUUGAGGAAGAAUAUUUUAAUCAUUACAUAAUCCUUUGUCAUUCGACAUGGUCAUAACGAGAAACGUUAUUUGCAGAGCACCGAUAGCGUAAGAAACGUUAGUGCAUCAUUAACGGUCUUGUUCCAUAGAGGUGUAGUGGUGGGCUGGCUAUGAUUAACUCUGUAUAAGCGAUUGACAGCGUUAAUUGUUGUAAUUUUGUAGAGUAUGCAAUAAAGACGGCGUGUAUAGUCAACGAUUUGUUGAGAAUCACAGUAAGGUGAUGAAGGCUCAUUAUUCCAGUACACCUGUUGUGUUAUCCUAGGCCCAUCGAUACUCUAAAGUGCGGGAAUAGAUCUUAAAUUCAAGCUUUUAACUUGAUAUAAUCUUAUGCUCGCUGGUUGUCAAGUUCGGGAAUUCUCACUAACUGACCUUGGGACCCAUGAAUUAUCAUGACCCAUGAUAUAUGAAUAUUACUUCAUAUAUCCCCCAAUGGUCACUAUGUUUUAUCAGUGACCAUCUUGCUCCACUAUACGUCAUUAUGAAACUCCAAUAACCACGGUGGUUUCCCAUGGUCGGGGACAGGAAGCGUUAGUCUUAUCGAGGUUUCCCUUGGCCAACAACCGACCUUCUACAGGGUGCAGCCCACAACAGUUGCCUAACUCCCAGGUACCUAUAAGGCACUAGGUAGACAGGGGAAUCAGAUUAAAGAAAAAGUACACAAACCUGUGUGGGGACGAACCCGGGAUACGUUGGUCGAGUUUCGACUGCGCUGACAAUUGCCAAUUUGAAUAUUCCUCUUGGAACACGUAUAGUCACGCCUCAUGUAACUUAUAUACAUGUGGUCAUUAAGCUUUCCUUUUAUUUUUUUAUAUUUCUGGUCUACGAAUUUAAUGUUUUCCUCGCAGAAUUUCGGUUUACAAUACGGGUUUUAUAAUGUAAUAUGAGCCUAUUGUAUUAGGCUCCGGAAUUCUGACAAUAUACAUUUUACGAAGUGUGUGUUUGUGUGGGCGAUUAAAUAUGUGUAUGUAUAUAUGUAUACGUAUGUACAUG